AUGAUAUUCUUUUCAUAUCUAUCUAUCUAUCUAUCUAUCUAUCUAUCUAUCUAUCUAUCUAUCUAUCUAUCUAUCUAUGGCACUCUUUUCAUAUCUCUCUCUAUCUAUGGCACACUUUUCAUAUCUAUCUAUCUAUCUAUCUAUCUAUCUAUCUAUCUAUCUAUCUAUCUAUCUCAGUCUGUUCAUAUCUAUCUAUCUAUCUAUCUAUCUAUCUAUCUAUCGCACUCUUUUCAUCUCGCUCUCUCUCUCUCUCUCUCUCUCUAUAUAUAUAUAUAUAUAUAUGAUCGCCGCCACCUCGAUGAUGAAGCAUGUGUCACUACUUCUUUCAAAGUCUCUAUCUCUCUCUAUACAGAUCUAUCUAUCUAUCUAUCUAUCUAUCUAUCUAUCUAUCUAUCUAUCUAUCUAUAUAUAGCCGAGUUUUUAGUCCGACGCCCAAAGUGGAUUGAUGUUAUAAAAAGCUCCAGCUGUCCUAUCUAUCUAUCUAUCUAUCUAUCUAUCUAUCUAUCUAUCUAUCUAUCUAUAAUUGAAAUGGAGGGAAAAAUUGGAAGUUGA